AUGGAGCCUGCGAAGUUAUCCAAGAAGGCCAAGAAGAACAAGGCGAAGAAGAACAGAAAAAAGACCAACCGUGCAGCAGCAGCACGAGGAGGCGGUGGUGGUGGUAGUGGAGCGGGUACAGGCAUAGCCGAGUCCAGCAACCUGUCCAUCAGCGGACAGAGCGAGGUCUCCGACGCGACGACCGCGCUGGCCAAGUCUGCCAACGAGCCAUCGAUGAAAGAAGCAGAGACCAAGAGCAUCGGCAGCAACGGGGGCAGCAGCAGCAGCAGCAGCAGCCACGAGGCCAAAGAAUCGGCGGCGAUUUUGAACAAACUGCCUGAGCUCGUCAGCAACACUAGCAAACUCAAUCAGUCGGACGUCAAGUUGGCUACCGCUACUGCUGCCACUUUCCGGGAUAGAGGUAGUAAUAGAAAUCCCAGAGCCAAUCCGGAUACUACUACUGCUGCUGGUCCUCAGGAUAAAGGUGGCGAUAAGAGCACCCGCAAACACGAUCCAGAAACUGCGGCCAAGAUCGUAGCCAUCCAGGCGGCCAUCGACCGGCUGAACGCCCUCAACAGGAACCCGUCUGAGUUCAUCGAGCCGAUAGAGGGGCUGCUGAGAAUCGAGCCUUCGGCCGGUUUGCAGUCGUACGCAGGUGCCUUGUCUGCCAAUGCGAGAAUCGGGAACUUUACCGUGAUUCCCUGCCGUGGCCGGCCUGGGGCUGCAAGGUCCGAGGUACCUCACGAGACCGACGGAGAAGAGUCGACUCUCACGAAGGACUCCGACAUAAAAUCUGAUUCUCCACCGCCGUAUUCGAGGGAUCCUGAGCCAAGCACGCCUCAGGGCAACACUGUUACCACUCGAGCCCAGCUCACCCCCAUCCAGGAAGCCACCGCCGAAGGCCAGAAGAAAGCAGGAGGAGGAGGACCAGAAGGAGGUGAUGGGCACGAUCUGACCCCCAAGUCCACCAGCACGACCUCCACCGCAUGGACAACCAGCCAGCAGGCUCUUCAGACGACGCCCCAGACCGCCGUGACCUCUGCGCCAUCCACCAAGACAAACAAAACCGGCCCCCAGCAUAAGGCCAGAGGAAAUAAUACUACCACCACCACAACGCAGUCCAGCGCCAACAAAUCAACCCUCCCACCACCAUCCACCCACCCCCAAGUCCCCAGCAGCAGCCACGCGCACCCCUCUCCACCUCCACCGACCAGCACAUCCCCACUCAGCACCACCGCGAGCACAACCACCACCAGCACCACCCAUUAUCAGCAAAUCUCCAACGUCCGAGGCGGCACGCUCUCCAGCCAAAAGCCCGAGGGAUUUUUCUGGCAACUCGACAGCCACGGGUUCCCCUGCGCGCUGCGCCACUGCCCGAAACGCUGCAACUCCUGGGACGGGGUCACGGUGAUCUGCCCGGGGUGCGGUCCCUUCUCGGAGACCCGCUACUGCUGCCGCGACCACCUCCUCCAAGACAUCAAGACGCACUGGCCCGUGUGCGGCGACCAGGUCUUCGUGCACCCGUGCCGCGAGAGCACGAUCCCGCGCGAGGUGCGCGAGGGCCCGCCCCUGAUCCCCUGCCUGCACAACUACGACAUGCCCGAGCGCCACCGCCAAGCGGUGUACUUCCGCAUGAACGCGCGCCAGGGCGACUACUUCAUCUUCGCCGACUGGGCCGACUACGUGCGUGCCGGGUUCCCCGAGAACACGACCGCGGUGCGCUGCGCCAAGCGCGUGGUGUACAUCGUGCGCUUCGAGGAUCCCGAGGAGAAGGAUCGGUUCCGGCGCGUGCUGGCGAUUUGUUUGUUUGCGACGGUUGAGGUUCAUGCGCUGGUGGACUACAUGUACCGCAUCAUUCGUGAUCACCUCCGCGCCGCGAACGCAGCCAAGCAGCUUGAGGCCGCGCUACGCUACCAGAUCCAUGCGGAGACAGGCGUAUCCAUCCAGCAGUACAUCACGGGCGAGCGUCACGCAUGUGCCACGGAUUGGGACGGCCGCAACCGCCGCAACUGUCCGGACCAGGUGUGUCGGUCCGAGUAUCGUCGACUCCUGGGUUCCUUGGGCGGAGGCGGUCUACGUGAGGUUGUGAGGAACAUGGAAUCGACUUACUGGGUUCUCCGCGCAGCCAGAACCACUCAUCCGACAGUCAAAGACCCGAAGAAGCGCAUGCUUGGUGAGGGCUUCGAAGGGGUGGCGGAAGAAGAUCAGAGGGUUUAUCGACGUGGUGAUGGCUGGGAUGGCGCCGGGACCGGCAACAUGGAGAUCGAAGGCAUGAAUGAAGGUUCUGAAGAAGCAUGA